AUGGCCGCGUUAAUGAGCACCUACCCGUGGCCGGAGAGGUUGGAGGGGGGGGAGGCCGAGGGGCUGCAAGCGGGGCCGCCCCCAAGGUGCCCACCGGGGGAGAAGGGAGGCGAGAGUCGCAUCCGCCGCCCCAUGAACGCUUUCAUGGUGUGGGCGAAAGACGAGAGGAAAAGGUUGGCCGUGCAGAACCCCGACCUGCACAACGCGGAGCUCAGCAAGAUGCUCGGCAAAUCCUGGAAGGCUCUGAGCCUCUCACAGAAGCGACCCUAUGUGGAGGAGGCCGAGCGGCUGCGGGUCAAACACAUGCAAGAUUAUCCCAACUACAAGUACCGGCCGCGGAGGAAGAAGCAAGUCAAGAGGAUCUGCAAGAGGGUAGACCCCGGUUUUUUGCUGGGCAGCCUCGCACGGGACCAAAACGCCGUGCCUGAGAAGCGGACCUGUGGCCGGGCUGGGGGUGAGAAAGAGGGGCCGGGUGAGUAUCCCCCUCGCCCAGGGCUGCCGCCCAUCCGGGGCUACCGGGAUCCCCCAGGCAGCGGCAGCAGCACCAGCGUGGACGCCUACCCCUAUGGGCUGCCCACCCCUCCCGAGAUGUCUCCGUUGGAUGCCAUAGACCCUGAACAGAGCUUCUUCUCCUCACCCUGCCCUGAGGAUCAUCACCGCUCCCACCUCGCCGGAGCUUCCUUCUCCCCGGAGUAUGCGGGCAGCUCCCUCCAGUGCAACCACCACCCUCUCAGCCCCAUGCCGCAGCCAAAUUCCUGCAUGAUCCCCCCGGCCUCCAGCUGUCCUCCCCUUCCUCCUCCUCCUCCUCCAAGCUACUACACACCCGCUUUCCCCUCUCUGCACCCCACCAGCCUCCAUGCCCACCUGGGCCAGCUCUCUCCACCGCCUGACCACCAUGGCUUUGAUACCUUGGACCAGCUGAGCCAAGCUGAGCUGUUGGGGGAGAUGGACCGUAAUGAAUUUGAUCAAUAUCUCAACACCCCCGGCCACAGCGACCACCAUGCUGGAAGCUUGGCCAAUGGACACGUCCCUGCAGCCUCAACAGCUGGCAGCUCCCACGCUGCAGAGACCAGCCUCAUCUCCGUCCUUGCCGACGCCACGGCCACCUACUACAACAACUACAGCGUCUCUUAGAGCCGUGGCCACGUAGGCCUGCUGAGGAAGGGCCUGACAGCAUUGCAAGGGGACACUGCUCGUUUCCCCUUAGGGUGUCCGAAUCCAAACCACGAGGGCCAUGGAGUCUCCUUGGUGCUUAGGUAAAGGAUUUCGGUUGUCAGCUUGCCACAGGUGCAAAGCGUUGGGUGUCGUGCUCCAAAAUGGCCAAGGGGGGGUUCCUGCUGUCAAAGCCCCUCUUCCAAAGCAGAGAUGGUCUGGGUGCACAGGAAGGUUGCAUCCUGUUUUCGGGUGCCCUCAAUUCUGCUUUGGAGUCUGGAGGCUGGAGCGGAGGCUCACAGACAGCAUGGGUGAAACCCCUUUGAAGGGGAGAAGUCAGGAAGUGGGGAAAAAGGGAAGAUUUUGCUAAAUGAGCACGUGAUCUGUGAGUGUGCUUUACCCCAAGAGCCUACUCUGGGAUUUGGGCCCAGGCAAGCAGUGCUGCCCCGUGUCCCUGCUCUUGGUGUCGGUGAUGCUGCCUUCCAGCCAGGCCAAGCACACCAGCAGAGUCAAACAUUGCCUUUCCCCCAUCCCCAAACAUGUCAUGUUGUCCCAAGUGAUGUCUUCAUCCCUGGGGACACCCCAGAGGACAAGGCAGCAGCCCUGGGUGAGGCAGCUUGGGGUGCAACCUCCAUGCAUGUCGGGUGAGGCUGAGAUCAGGGGUGCGUGGCAGGAUCCGGCCCUCUAUGGAUCCUGCUUGGCCUUCCAACAAGAGCGAUCCCAACGUGGGAGCGGCAGGAGCUCCGCACCCACCAGGCCAGGAAAAAGCCUUCGGAUGAGCACUUUGGCAAAGAGAUGAUGAUGUAGCAGACACAUUUGUAUCAAGCAUCCUUUGAGGACGAACGCUUAAUGUUUCGAGCCGCAGUGCCCAAUGUCUCCUCUAACUUCCGCGUGUUAUUGCUUGUAAUAAAGCUGUACAUUGAUUUAUUCCUUCCAUUAUUCCUCCCCUCGGAUUUUGUAUUGCUCGAGUUCUCUUUCUUUUCAUAAAGAUGAAGCUUUAUUUUAAAUCAGUUAUAUGACAUGAUUAAUCUUAGUGUUUACUGUAUGGCACUUGGUAAUGAUUAGUUAGUAGCGUGGCUAUGAUUUUCUGGUUUUCAGUCCCGGACGUGUAUUAAUAAUAAUUGCAAAUAAUACUUAAAAAACACAACUUCACAGGUUUUUAAGCUAAUACAUUCCAUCUUUUUUGUGUGACUCUAUGCAUUUUGAAUGAGUGUACAUAUGAGUUUGCAUAAAAUAUUUAAUUUAAAUAAAUAUGUUUUUAUACAAUGAUUGUUUUAUGAUUUAAAUUGCUGUAGCUAUUGACAAAGUUUUCAAAGGAGAAACAUUUCCUGUGCGAGUGCUAUUUUUUUAAGGGUUUUUUUUGUUGUUUUUUGUUUCAGCCAAACUCUUCUACUUCU